AUGUUAGACGUUCGCGUUACUGGGAAUAUUACCAAAAUAUUUAUCUUGUUACAGAUCUUGAUCCUGCUGGGCGUGGCAGCCCUGGCAGCAGCAGACAGCCGGGAGACCUUCUCUUAUGCUGCUCCUCGGAGGGUGUCUUCUGACGAGUCUUAUGAGUCAAGUGAGGCUCAGUACAACUUCAACUAUGCUGUGAAACACGAAGACUCCGGCAACGACUUCGGUCACCAGGAGACCCGCGACGGUGACGACACCAAGGGUUCGUACUACGUGCAGCUUCCCGACGGUCGUCUGCAGACUGUGAACUACAUAGUGGAGGGAGACUCAGGCUACAUCGCUGAUGUCAAGUACGACGGUGAGGCUCGCUACCCAGACUCCGACGAGUCCAGGGAGGCUCCCCGCUACGCCGCUCCCAGGCCCCGCUACUUCGACUCCAAUGAGUCCAAGUAAUUAAGAGUAGCUCACCAACAAAUGUGUCGACAACCAUAUGUAUCUACCCAUGACGAAUGUCUUGCUUGACCAUUUAUUUCAAAUUCAAAACUUAUAUUUAUUACAAUAAAUUAUUCUGCA